AUGCUAUCUUUUAGUUUACCAAGUAAUGCUACUGGUGCCAAAUCAGCCUCUGGAACACCUCUAUCUGGCCAAUCAAGCCAAUGAUAGUGUGAACAGCUAUGAGGAGGCUGCCCAGGGACGGUCACUUCCAAGUGCGUGAUUUGAACCCUUACAUGAGUCUCGAAUGGGAAAGGAAAGCAAAAAUUCCGCCGUUAA